AUGAGUGACACUUCAGAUCCUGCGAAGCCCGUUGUCGCUCGCCAUGGCGACGACGAGCGUAAAUCAACUGGCGAUGACAGCAAGGUUGUUUCCGAGCACAAGAGAGACCACACCGGUCCAACGUCAGACUCAUCCGACACCGAGGGAGUUGGUGAGGUGAACGAAAAAGCUUUGCUGCGGAAGAUCGACUGGAAGCUGCUGCCUGCCGUUGGGAUUUUAUACCUUCUAUCGUUCCUGGAUCGGUCAAACGUCGGCAAUGCUCGCAUCGAGGGCCUCCUGGACGAUCUUAGAAUGACUGGUGAUCAAUACCUCACCGGACUCACCAUCUACUUUGUCGGUUAUGUCAUUUUCGAAAUACCAUGCAACAUAAUUUUGAAGCGGACGACACCACAACUCUGGCUUCCCACCCUGACUGUAGCAUGGGGCAUCGUCGCCACACUACUGGGUAUUGUCGAAAAUCCCGCCGGCUUUUUCGCGGCCCGUUUCUUCCUCGGCGUGACCGAGUCCGGUCUCUUCCCCGGAGUUGUAUACUAUUUUUCAAUGUGGUACCAACGCCGUGAGCGCCAAUACCGCAUCGCCCUCUUCUUCUCCGGCGCCGCCCUCGCCGGCGCCUUUGGCGGCAUUCUAGCUUGGGGUAUCGGCCAUAUGCGCGGCAUAGUUUGGGCCAACAGCUGGCGCUGGAUCUUCAUCCUCGAGGGCAUUGCCACCGUCGUCGUGGCCUUUGCCGCCUACUUCUUCAUCCAAAACUACCCUGACACGGCCACGUUCCUCUCGCCGGCCGAGAAGCGCACCAUCCACGCCAGGCUCGCGGCCGACAGCGACGCCACGUUGGACGAGCGCUUCAACUGGGCCAACGUGAGGGCAGCGCUGCGAGACCCGGCCUGCUGGCUGUACGGGCUCGGUUUCCACACUGUUAGCCUGCCGCUCUACACGCUGUCGCUGUUUCUGCCCACAAUCAUCGCCAACCUGGGCUACACGUCGGCCGUGGCCCAGCUGCUGACCAUCCCGCCGUACGCGUUUGCCUUCAUCACCACACUGACGGUGGCAUCGCUUUCGGAAAAGUACAGGCGGCGCGCUUUGCCGAUCGCAGGAUCCGCCACACUCGCCAUAGUGGGCUACAUCAUCCUGCUGGCAAACACCAACCCGGUGGCGAGGCCUGGCGUGUCGUACCUCGGCACCUUCCUGGCCGCCGGAGGUAUCUACCCGGCCGUGGCGCUGGUGCUGUCCUGGCCGGCCAUCAACGUCUCCGGGCAGACCAAGCGGGCGGUGGCGAACGGGAUGCAGAUCAGCAUCGGGAACCUGGGCGCGGUGCUGGGCACCCAGCUGUACAGAUCCGGGGACGGGCCGAGGUUUAUCGUCGGGCACUCGUUUGCGCUGGGAUACCUGGCCGCUAACAUUAUUGUCGUUUUGACGCUGUGGAGGUUGCUGAGUCGGGAAAAUAAGAGGAGGGAGGGCAUUGCAGAGGAGGUCAAGGCGGUGGGUGCUUUGGAGGAUUGGCAGGGAGACACUGACCCGAGAUGGCGAUUUGAGUCCGCCAUCCGCAACAUCACCACCCGCAUGACAGGCCGCGCCUUCAUAGGCGACUCAGCUUGUCGCCACCCGGAAUGGUCCAACGUAUCCAUCGACUUCACCCCGCAGCUCCCCAUCACCAUCUUGAGCGUCUGGUUGCUCCCAACCUGGACCCAGCCCCUCAUGACCCGGCUCGUACCUUCGCGCUACAUAACACUCAAGCAGAUGCGCUACUGUGCGGACCUGGUCGCAACCCGAAUCGAAGCCCGCAAGGACUACAAGACGCCACCCGAUGACUGUUUGUUGCAUUACAUGCUUGACCACGGCGGGACGGACGAUGUGUUUGAGACUGGCCAACGGCAGUGCAAAUUGUCUCUGGCGAGCAACCAAACCACCGCCGUGGUGACCCUAACCGUUAUUUUCAACCUGUGCGCCCACCCAGAGAUAUUCCCCAUCCUGCGGGAGGAGAUCGCCGCAGUUACGGCUACCCACGGCAUGCCGGGGUCUACGGGCAUUGACAUCAAGACCUGGUCUAACGCGCUAGAGAAGAUGGACAGCUUCCUCACCAAGUCCCUCCGCUACAACCCGGUUAUCCUGACCAUUCCACAGCGACAGGCCGUGCGCGACAUUUUCAUCCAGUCUCCAGGACAGGAUGCUCAUCCACGCCGAGGCGAGGAUCGCCUUCCCGAGCUAUUGGCACACGGGACGAUGCCAAGGAGACGCUGCGGGACCCGGACAUGGAGCGUCCAGGUGGAUGCGGACCACAUGAUGGCGUUUGGGUAUGGGAGCUCGGCGUGCCCCGGGAGGCAUUUCGCGACCACUCAGGUCAAAUUGACGGUGGCUAGUUUAGUGAAAGAGCGGGAUUUUGCAUGGCCGGAUGGGGCGACGGGGAAGCCUGAGGUUGGAUUAUUUUGGGGAGAAUACCCUGCUGGAUCCGGGGCACAAAUUCAAGACCUAGCUGCGUAA